AUGAGUGCUUCCUUUACAGACGAAGUACCGAAGAAGUUCAUAAAAAUGCCUAGACCACUGAAAGACAGAAGUUUGCCGCUGGCGGAGAUGGACUCCCCCUCUAAAGAAGACUCUGCCGCUCAGCAUCCGCUCCUAGAAAAAAGUACAAGUCCUCGCAAUCUUGCGGAUUCUGCAGCAAAGAGCAGACAGCAGUUAGCGCCCCAUCCAAUUCUUGUCGCAAUUGUUCUAGCAGCAUUGGCAGUCGGCUAUGGCAUCGGAGUUGGCAGCAUUGAGUGGUUGCAGAGCACAGAUCACAUGCAGAAACUAGAGAAGGUAAAAGGAUUCCAUGACUCAUUCAUUGGCCUCCCAAGCAACGACUCUGCUGCGGCGCACUUGAGGGAGCUUGUGAAAGAACCACACAUCUCAGGAUCACCAGAGGACUUGGCAGCGGCACACUAUGUGAUGCAAAAGUUCAGGGAGUAUGGAAUCAAGACCCACAUGACAUCAUAUGACGUGCUUCUGAGCUACCCCCUGAAGCGAGAGCUCCACAUGCUGGCACCCGUCGAAUUCAGCCCGCUGUUGAGAGAGUCCGUCAAGGAGGAGGUUCCGCAGUCACGGAGUCCCAAGGAGGUCGACACAUUCCUCGCAUAUUCCAAGUCAGGUGACGUCACCGGUGAUGUCGUAUAUGCCAACUACGGGCGCACCGAGGACUUUGACGAGCUGGCGCUGCUGGGUGUGAAUGUGUCCGGGGCGAUCGUCAUUGCCCGGUACGGCGAGAUCUUUAGGGGAGACAAGGUGAAAAACUCGGCAGAUCGGGGAGCGAUCGGGUGUCUGAUCUACUCAGACCCCGAGGAGUAUGCCGCCAACAUGACGGAAGGGGCGUACCCGAACGCCGAGUGGCUGCCCCCCGCUGGAGUCCAGCGGGGGUCAGCGUACACGGGCGUUGGAGACCCCCUGACCCCCACGUGGCCCUCGACCGCCGGCGCCGAGCGCGUUCCGCCGUCCGCCUACGCGCACCAACUUCCGGCGAUUCCUUGCCUUCCCCUUUCUUGGCAAGAUGCGGUGCCCAUCCUGGAGAAUCUUGGGGGCGCCCCGCGGCCGCCCACGUGGCACGGCGCGCUCAACCUGUCGUCGUUCGCGCUGGGGCGCGGCCCGGCGAGGGUGCACCUGAAGCUGGAGAUGAACAAUAGCGUGGCGACCAUCCACAAUGUGGUGGGAGUCAUCGAGGGCGCCGCCGAACCGGACAGGUAUGUGAUGCUGGGCAACCACCGGGACGCCUGGGUAUACGGAGCGGCCGAUCCCAACAGCGGCACAGCAGCGCUCCUUGAGGUUGCCCGGGGUUACGGUUCCCUGCUCGCGGCCGGCUGGCGCCCCCGCCGGACCAUUCUGCUCCUCAAUUGGGACGCCGAAGAGUACGGACUGAUCGGGUCAACGGAAUGGGUCGAAGAUAACGCAGACAUGCUUCGGCACCGAGGGGUAGCUUAUUUCAACGUUGAUUCUGCCGUAAUGAGGGGGGGCUUCUUCGCGGCCGCGUCUCCGCAGUUAGAUGAUCUGGUUAGGGACGUAACCAAGGUGGUUCCGGAGCCGGACCAUCCGGGGAAGACGAUCUUCGACGUGUGGAACGGAACGGAGAUCCAGCGGUUGGGCGGCGGCGGCACCGACUUCGCGGCCAUGCUGCAGCACGUCGGCGUCGCGGCCACCGACUCCGGCAUGGGCCAGGACUACGCGGUUUACCACUCGGUUUACGAUAACUACGACUGGAUGACCCGGUUCGGGGACCCGGGCUUCCACAAGCACGUGGCGUGCGCGCAGUUCUGGGGGCUGCUGGGGCUCAACGUUGCGGACGCGGACGUGCUGCCGUUCGAUUUCCGGAGCUACGCGUCCGAACUGGAGAAGUAUGGCGGCCAAGUCGACGAGGCGCUCUCAGAGAACGGGGCCCCUCCGUCCGUCUCCUCCGCGCCAAUCUACAACGCGGUCGCCCUUUUCCAGCGCACGGCAGACUCGGUGCACUCAACCCCAGAGGCGCUCAGCGGCGACCUGUCGCGGUUGGGCCCAGGCGCGGGGCAGCGGCAGCGGGUACUGAACGACCGGUUGAUGCUCACCGAGCGCGCGUUUCUGGAGGGGGAGGGUUUGCGAGGUCGGCCUUGGUAUAAGCACCUGGUAUAUGGGCCGCCACGAGACAACAACUACGGCACUCUGGCCUUUCCGGGGAUCCAGGACGCUGUCGCGGACGCGAAGAAGGCGGGGGGCACCGAUGAGUCGUGGGCCGUCGUGCAGCACGAGAUCUACCGUGUGGCUCGUGCCAUUGUGCGUGCGUCGAAGGUCUUGCAAGGAAGCCUAACAUGAGGUUCAAACAUUCGAAUGGUGUACAUUAUGUACUCGGCAACUUGAAUACUCGAGUCGAUCGGCAUUGACGCGCUCGGACCUGCAAAUGGCAAGCUGGAACUACUACUUACAUCAUGCUAUGAUAUCCACUUUUGAACUGACUUAAUUAGUGCCUACAAGGCUGUACAAGCUUGCAUUCCCGCAAAAGUAGUUAGCAUCUAGUGGCGGCACGACUUUGUAUGGAGACCAUUCGGCAUUUGGAUCGAGA